CUGAUCACCAACCAGAAUGGCCAACUUGCUCCGUGUCGUGGCCCUGUGCGCUACCGCCGCAACGUUUGCAAAUGCUGCUACCCACUACGAGUACAAGACUGUCGAUGUGGAUUACAAUUUCGACGAAAAUGAGGACUCUCCGCGCAGUGUCAUCAUGAUGAUCCCGGACGGAACGGGCCCCAACGUCUUCACCUUGGCACGCACGGUGCUCGACCCGAGUCUGCAGACUCGUCUUCACAUUGACCCUCAUCUCAUGGGCACGAUCCAGACGCACUCGUCUACGAGCUACAUCACGGACUCUGCGGCGGCCGCUACUGCUUACUCGACGGGUUACAAGACGUACGACUCGGCUAUCGCUGUUGAUACGUACGAACAGCCUUUGGGUACGGUCCUGGAAGCUGCCAAGGCUCGUGGCAUGGUGACUGGUAUGAUCGUAACCUGCCGUGUAACCCACGCAACACCGGCAUCAUUUGCUGCGCACGUACUCGACCGGGACUCCGAGGACGACAUCGCCGCGCAGUACGUUGCCAACAAGAAGCUGGACUUCUUGCUUGGUGGCGGCAAGAAGCACUUUAACGACUCGAUGUUCGAAGAUCUAAAGUCGAACGGAUACACGCUGGCGAACAACUACCAGGAUCUACUGGACUACCAGUCCGCCAACGCUGACACGGGUGCUCUUCGCCUGUUUGGUCUCUUCAAUGAUGACCACAUGUUGUACGAAGUUGACCGCCUGCGUGAACUUGCUGGAAACAACUCCACGGCGCGUGAGCCUAGCCUACCCGAGAUGGUGGACAUUGUACUGGGUCUGCUCCGCAAGAACGAGCAGGCUAAAAAGCACGGCUACUUCGUCAUGAUUGAGGGUUCGCGCGUGGACCACGCUGGCCACUCGAACGAUCCCGGUACUAUGGCGAAGGAAGCUAUCGCCUUUGAUGAAUCUGUCGCUGUAGUGCUCGACCACGUAGAGCAGACCCCCAACACGGCAAUGUUGUCUGCUGCUGACCAUGGCACUGGUGGUAUCACGCUUGGACGCGGCCCCGCUUUCCCGUACGCCUGGUACCCGACGGAACUACAGCUGCAGAACAUGUCGACCGAGGCCAUGCAGGAACAACUCGAGGUUGUUCUUGAAGGAAGCGACUGUGCUACUGGCGCCAACGAUACGUGCAAGGCUGCACUGCUCAGUUCGUCCAAGAACCUCCUUGCCAACUACACGAACGUGACGACAGUCUCAGACGAAGAAGUGGUCGAGCUGGUCACUGAAAUCGCCACUGCCGUAGACGAAACGCGUGACCUGAAUAACGUUAUGAUCGAACUGGGCCACGUGAUCAGUCUGCGAGCUGCUAUCGACUGGACCACCAUUGGUCACGUAGGCACGGAUGUGAACCUGUACUGCAAGGGUCCGAUGAUCUUUGAGCGCAUGUGUAAGGGUGUCCACGAGAACACGUACUUGAACAAGCUGAUGACGACGUUCUUGGGUCUGGAACACCAGCAGGAGCUGGAGACGAUGAAGCACCGCAACAUUUCGACUCGUAUAUACGUCUUCAAUGCCAAAAACAUCUACCGUCAGUUGUAUGGUGCCGACGCAACGGGGUUUGAGGCGUCGUCUGGUUGGCUGGCACGCUUCAAAACCCGUCGAAACUUGGUCUCUCGCAGGCAGACCACGACAAGAUCGUUACCAGUGGACGCGCCGGAUAUUUGCCGUGGGUUUAUCCAACGCGCCCAGUACCUGAUCACCAAGCAUGGCAUCAAGCCGAAAACCAUCAUCAACAUGGACCAGGUGCCUCAGUACUUCGAAACCGAGCCCAAGUCUACGAUCACAACGCGUGGUUCGCGCGAGGUUUUACUACGCAAAGGAGGAUCAAGUCACAAGCGUUUCACGGCAGCGUUUGCUAUUACGGGCGAGGAGGAAUUUUUGAAGCCACACCUCCUGUUUCGCUAA